AGCUUCUCGUAACACAUAUUGCCGGGUCAUCGAUAAUGAUAAUACUUUGCAUUUAACUAACCUCGUCAACCAUCAAGUAUUGGUUAUAAAAGGGACAGAGGAUUGUGCAUUGGACGACGCGCAGCCCAUACUUCAGAGACUUGAAGAUUUGCUUAGCUUUUGAAGAGAUCGAUGCGGAUGGCUUGUCUAGAGAGCGCGAGGCUCAAGCUCGCGGUGUUGCUCUUUGUCAUGGCCUGCAGCGUUAUGACAGAUGCAUUCCCUGAACCCAAAUCUCCUCCACCACCAUCUCCUUCACCUCCAUACUAUUACUAUUCACCUCCACCACCACCACCACCUUACAAAUACACCUCACCUCCUCCACCACCUUACAAGUACUCGUCGCCUCCUCCACCACCUUACAUGUACUCGUCGCCUCCUCCACCACCCUACUACGAUUCCAAGAAAUACCCUUCUCCGCCUCCCUAUUAUGAUUAUUAUUAUCACUCACCACCACCACCACCACCACCUUACAAGUACUCAUCACCUCCCCCGCCACCAUACAAAUACUACUCGCCUCCUCCACCUUCCUACUACUACAACUCUCCACCCCCACCGGCUUAUAAAUAUACCUCGCCACCUCCACCAUCGUACUAUCACCACUCUUAUUAUUAUGACUUUCCAUCUCCACCGCCAUACAAGUACUACUCACCUCCUCCACCGCCAUACUACUCACCUCCUCCACCGCCAUACUACUCACCUCCUCCACCUUACAAAUACUCCCCGCCUCCCCCACCUCCCUACCGUUAACGCUUCCAGAUUCCCCUCUCCACCACCUUAAAAGUACUCCGCACCUCCUCUACCACCAUACAAAUACUACUCACUCCUCCACCCCCUUACUAUUAUCGCUAUCCACCUCCUCCACCUUACAAGUACUCAUCGGCACCACCGCCUCCCUAUAUUAUUACCACUAUCCUCUUCCACCAGCUUAUUGUAAAUCACCACCUCCACCAUAUAUAUUAUUCGAAGUCUCCCGUUUCCAUGAUCACUGCCAUCGUCACUAUGGGCAUGCAGAUAUAUACUCCUUUACAGAAUACGUAUCAGAAAUCUACUACCGAAUGCUGCUAGAUCGGGCCUUUAUAUAUAUUGUCUUAUAUUCUGUGUAGUUCUAAAAACCAGCAUGGGGUUCCGAAUCCCUGAUUGUUAACAGCUCAUAUCCAUGGGUUUUCGUUAUAUUUCUAUUUUUAUUUUGAAAUGUGGAGCGAGUUCCUUGUGAGCUCCACGUUGCAGUAGCCCAGCUGGUAUUCGUUGCUGUAUGGAUUGUUCAUGGAAGACAUUUAUAUAUACUAUUGCUUUUUCCAUA